UCCCCCCUCCCCCCCCAAAACUCCGAAAAACUUUUUCCCUCUUCAUUUAACAAUGUGCUUCGUAUUCUCUUUCACUUUAUACCUAUUCCUCACUCUCUAACUAAAACCAAAAGCUAAAACAGAGAGCUUCAAGAACAAUAACAAUGGAGUUUGACCUUGAAAAUCCAUUGCCACUUAGCCAUGACUUUAAUGCAGACACCAUUUCUCCACUUUUCAACAUUGAAACUGAUCAUAUGCCUUCUAAAAUUUACCAUCAAAAUGUUGAGAACUCAGAUUUUCAUAUCUCCAUUCGUCAAGCAACCAUUUCUAUAAUCUUUCAAAUUUCUCACCACUUUGAUCCAUUUCUCUCGUAUCUUGGCAUUAAUUAUCUUGACCGCUUCCUCUCCUUCCAUUCACUAUCGGAAGGGAAGCCAUGGAUGUUGAGGCUGAUUGCCGUUUCUUGUGUUUCUUUAGCACUGAAAAUGAAGGAAACGGAGUACUCUGCAACUGAUAUUCAGCAAGUUGGUGGUAUGAUAUUUGAUAUAGAGACAAUAAAGAGAAUGGAGUUUUUGAUACUUGGCGAACUUAAAUGGAGAAUGCGCUCAAUUACUGCCUUUUCUUUCAUUAGUUUCUUCAUCUCUUUUUUCAAAUUCAAAGAUCUACCAUUACAGCAAGCUCUAAAAGCCAGAGCCACAGAUAUUAUACUCAGAGCUCAAAAUGAUAUCAAGAUUUUGCAGUUCAAGCCAUCUUUAAUCUCAGCUUCAGCUCUUCUCUCUGCUUGUCACGAGCUUUUCCCUUUACAAUUCCCAUGCUAUAAAACUGCAAUCCUAAACUGUUCACACGUACAUAAGGAUGAUUUGUUACGUUGCUAUGAUGUGAUGCAAGAGAUAGCAAAGGAAGGAUACGAAUCAAUUCUUGACAAAGUGUCAAGCACGAGCACGCCAGUCAACGUACUUGACCUACAGUUCUCGAGCAGUUGGAGUUCAGAUAACGAGCCAAUUACAAAAUCAGAAGAUAGCUGUGGCGGUCAUGUACUUAAUGCAAUGGCCAUAAACAGCAGGCAAGAGAACUUGAAACGUCGAAAGAUUAUUGACAACAGUUCAGCUUUCUCUGAUGCACACAAUAACGUUGAUAUUGAUGUUUGAUAAAUAUUAAGCUAUCAAUCUGCAGAGUUUUUUUAUGAAAACGAAGCAGUAGUGUGCCCACUACAAGAGUAAAAAAGAAAGAUCAGGAAAAGUUUAUAAUUCAUCGGCAGAAGCCAACUACUAUAAGAUAACGUUUAUUUGUAGCUGUGGCCCAUUGGAGAGUGACACUAGCUUUGCUUUUGUAUCAAAGAACUAAAACUGAAAAGAAAUACUACUCCUAUUAUUAUAGGAGGAAAAAAAAAACGAAAAUGAGAAUGAGAAAGAGGAGAUUGUGCCAUUGUGGGUACUUGGGAAUGAACAUUUGGUUACUGGUUUGUUUGGUUGGUGACUUUAAUUUGCUUUGUAUGAAUCUGGAAAAGGCAAAAAAGACUUGGAAAAAGAAAAAGAAACGAAAAGAGAAAAGAGGGGAAGGAGAAUAAAAUGAGUUUUAUUUUCUUUUGUUUUAUUGGGAAGUGAAAAAGAAACAAAAACAGUGGCUCUUGGUUGCAAAUUAGAGAACUGUAUGAGGGUAAGAAUGAAUAAUUUA